AUGACCGUGGCCUGCGGUAACUCCAGCUCAAGGCCGCUGUCCUUCUGCCUGAUUGGCAUCCCUGGAAUGGAAGACAUUCAGCAUUGGGUGGCAGUGCCCUUUUGCAUUAUAUACAUCCUGGCUCUCCUGGGAAACUUCACCAUCCUCUUCAUCAUCAAGAUUGAGCCAGCACUGCACCAGCCUAUGUACCUGUUCCUGUCCAUGCUGGCCAUCACUGACCUUGUUCUGUCCACUUCCACCGUGCCCAAGAUGCUUGCCAUCCUCUGGACCCACAACCGGGAGAUGGGGUACCACACUUGCCUAGUCCAGAUGUUCUUCAUUCACGCCUUCUCCUCCUUGGAGUCCGGAAUCCUGGUGGCCAUGGCCCUGGACCGUUUCGUGGCCAUCUGCCAUCCCCUGCGGCACACCACCAUCCUGAACACGGUGGUGAUUGGGCGGAUCGGGCUGGUGGUGUUGGGGAGGGGGCUGGUCCUCAUCACGCCCUUCCCCAUCCUUCUGCAGUGGCUCUCCUUCUGCCGGGGCACCGUCGUCGCCCAUUCCUACUGUGAGCACAUGGCCUUGGUGAAGCUGUCCUGCUCUGACUCCACCGUGAACCGCUUCUACGGGCUGAUGGUGGCCCUGCUGGUGGUGGGGCUGGACGUGCUGGCCAUCACGGCCUCCUAUGUCCUAAUCCUCCGGGCCGUCUUCCGCGUCCCCUCCUGGGACGCCCGGCUCAAGGCGAUGGGGACCUGCGGUUCCCACGUCUGCAUCAUCCUGGUGUUCUACGUCCCGGGAAUGUUCUCCUUCCUCACCCACCGCUUCGGCCACAACAUCCCCCACCACGCCCACGUCCUGCUGGCCACCCUCUACCUCCUGGUGCCACCCGCGCUCAACCCCAUCAUCUACGGGAUCAGGACCAAGCAGAUCCUCCAGAGGGUGCUCAGGACCUUCUCUGUCCAAGGGUAG